CCGGCAGCGCAGCCCCGAAACUGAGUUCCGGCCCUCCAACGGCCCGCGCAUGCGCAGGCGCGCGGCCCCGGAGCCCGCCUCGGAGCCGCGCGCGGAGCCCAGGGCCCCGCCGGGCAGGCGGGAAGGACGUCCCGGGGACGCGCUGCUUUCUGAAAGCGCGGGCCGUGCGGAGAAAGUCCGACUCUCACCCAGAAGCCAUCCCUGCUGGCUGAUAAUUGAGGAAACUAGCACGCCCUCCGUCUUGCCGGUAGCAUGCAGAGAAAUAAUUUCAGGAAGGAAACGUCACACUUUCAUGCUACGAAAAACGAAAAAAGAAGGAUUCUCCGGAAGCUGAAGGGACAAGAGACGGCGGGGAGAAGCAGGGAGACAGGUGAGGAGGCUGAUGCCAUAGUCCAGAGGACAGCGGGGUGACAGCAAAGGCUGAGAAGUGUCCAGAUCCAAGACAAACUCCGGAGGGAGAGCCGAAAGGGUUGCCUGGAGAUCAAGGUCGGGAACGUAGACUGGGCUCAGUUGCGUGAUUGUCACAUGGGAACACGAAGCCGGAACACAGAUCAUUACAAAACGAAGCCAAAAGGAGCACAUUAGAAGUGAAAAGUGCCCCCCAAAAGCCCAGCUCAGCCGGCCCCGACUGCACAGCUCACAGACCGGCCAAGGACACGGCACCAGCUCUGCGUCCCAGCUAGAGAGGCCAGGCGGGGGCCCAGCGCACCUGUCCUGCUGGGGAAUGGAGGAAGGGGAAAAGAGCCCCCUGCUGGUCCAGGACCCCGGGUGCCAGGAGGGGCCGCUCACUUCAAGCCGUCCAGGUCCGGUGCCCCAAGAGGAGCGGGUCUGGAGGGCAGGCCCCGGGGGAGGCCCGGCCUCCUCCCUCCCCUUGGGAAUCAGCUGCCUGAAGUGCCUGACCUUCCUGCUCAACUUCCUCUUCUCUCUGCUUGGUCUGCUGGCCCUGGCCAUCGGGCUCUGGGGCUUGGCCGUCAAGGGGUCCCUGGGGAGCGUCUGGGGGGCGGCCCUGCCCGAAGACCCCAUUCUGGGACUGGUACUGGGGGGGCUGGCCGUCAGUGCGGUGAGCCUGGCGGGCUGCCUGGGGGCCCUGUGUGAGAGCGCUUUUCUGCUCCGCUGCUUCUCGGGGGGUCUCGUCGCCUUCCUGCUGCUGGAGGCCGUGGUGGGUGCCCUGCUGGUGGCCCUCUGGGGCCCACUGCAGGAUGGCCUGGAGCACACCCUGCGUGCGGCCAUCACCCACUAUCAGGAUGACCCGGGCCUGCGCUUCCUUAUUGACCAAAUCCAGCUUGGGCUCCAGUGCUGCGGGGCGUCUUCCUACCGGGACUGGACGCGGAACCUGUACUUUAACUGCAGCUCCCCGGGGGUCCAGGCCUGCAGCCUUCCUGCCUCCUGCUGCAUCCACCCCGGGGAAGACGGAGCCUCUGUCAACGACCAGUGUGGCUCUGGAGCCCUGCGCCUGGACGAGGAUGCCGCUCGGAGAGUGGUGCACCUGGAGGGCUGUGGCCCUCCUCUCCGGCGGUGGCUGCGCAGGAACGUGCGGGCCGCGGGCGCCUACGCCAUCGUGGUUGUGGCGGUCCAAGGGGUGGAGCUCCUGUUGGCCAACCAGCUGGUGAGGGCCCUGGCCGUCCGCCGGGGGGAGGUGGACAGCCCCAGAGCCGCAGGGACGGUGGCCUUGUCCACCCGCGCCUCACACUCCGUGAAACGGCCCUUGCCAAACUGGCCCAGGGCUGACAGCCCAGGAGGACCCCCAGGGAAGGUGUCCUACAGCAUCCCAGAUGCCCUGGCCUCCUCCACCGGCUGUGCCUCCGGCCCCCCAGGGCCCCCCUUCCCCUGAGGGCAGAGCACGUCCGCCUCCUUCCCGGUUCCAUCAGGCCCCGCUAGAAUGAGUCCCUGUGCCACCUCCCGAUUUCACGAUCUUUUGGGGACUUUUGUUCUCCACCACUGAGUCGGGCACUGCCUGCUCCCUGGCAAACGCCGCUGUGACCUGAGCGUAAGCUGAGCCUGGUAGGUGCUGCUGGCCGCUGUCUGCCUCCUCCGGGGACGCCAGGCAGAGCCACCGGGCGGGCAGGGAGCGUGUGGGGUAUGGAGACCGGAUGAAAUCCUGCUGCCAAGCCCCCAACUCCAACCUCCACCUCCGACCGCCUCUGUUGCCUACCUCCAAACCCUCCUCUGACCUCCACUCUGACCCCGCCUCUGACGCUUUGCCUAGGAUGUCACCUAUGACCCCCAGUCUUGAUCCCAGCCCUGAUGCCUCACUCUCUCACCACGGCCUGGGUAUCUGCUCUCCUCUGGGGUCACCUCGCCCUUUCCCACCCGUUGUGGUGGUUGAGGUGGGGCCCAGGCGGGAGUAAACUUGAGCGAGAGGCAGCAUCCACACAAUAAACAGCGCCGGUGUUAAGCGGGCAGCGUGAGGAACCCUUACCUAGCUAAGCACCUGCAGAUCGGCUGCCAGGUCAGGAGCCGGCCUCUGCCAACUCCUCUGCCCCCUUGCUGCGGGCACCCCGAUCGCACUUCAUCGCCGUCGGUGACCCUUUCACGUUAACGGGACCCCAGAGGGCCCUUCCCAAGAGUCACGUCUGCACCGUGCUGUGUGCAGACGCCCACAAACGCACCUGGCCCGUGUGGAUGCACACUUGGGUGGCUUCCAGAUGGUGACUGCUGCUGGGGACAGUUCCACACAGGUGUGUGUGUGUGUGUGUGUGUGUGUGUGUGUGUGUGUGCAGGUGUGCCCGCUUCCCCCGGGUGUGGUGUCAGGGGAGGAGCUGCUGGGUCACGGGUGGGCGCCCAUCUAGCUUUCGUGGACCACCGAGGACAGGCUGGCUGGGCCACUGAGCAAACUCCACAAUCUCUCUGUGCCUGUUUCCUCACCUGUGGGGCAGGGCUAAGCGUCCCUCUUCCCGGCAGGAGCUGUGGCUGGGCCCCAUCCACCCCCUGGCGGGUGGGCUCCGGCAGCCGGGCGUGCGCGCCCUGCCCCCCAGCGUGUCUGGCCUUGCCGGGCGUACCCCCAGCCACCACAGGCCCAGG